CCUCGCACCUGUGGAGUAGCUCAAUCCUGUGUCAUUUCAAGUGACUGGGACUUAAGUCCUGUAGCACAAGUCACAUGUUAAAUCUGUAAAGCCAAUACAUAUUUAGUACAAAUUGUAGUGUAUAGAAAAAUCAGCUGAUAGAGUAACUUAAAUUUCUCUUUGGAAUAAAAGAAAUGGAAGCAAGUUCCAAAAUAUCAACUGUACGCAAUGAAGAUGCCAAAGAUGCGGACAAGAGAAAUGACCAUGGUCUUACUCUUCAGGAAAGCUUACAGCCUGAGACCAAAGUUGGGAAAUCGAUCUGUACAAGGGAAAAGGAGAAGAAAAAGUUGCACAAACCUGACAGCAGUAAAGUAGGAGAACGUACAAGAGCACAAAGCCAAAGACCUACCAUAAAGGUCACAGAAAAGCCAAAUGCACCAACAUCCACAAAAGUCAAGCAGAAAAAAUCAUUGUCCACAACAGCAGCCAAGAAACCACCAAUAAAGCAGACAAUGCGCUCUGUGAAUGGAGGUCCGGGGCACCCACAAUGUCCUAGUAAGGACUCGGAAAGAGAAGUUGAAAUCCGCCUUCUACAGGCAGAGUGUGACGAGCUGAGAACCAGACUGGGGGGUUUAAAGGAGGGAUUAGUGGGUCAGAAGCCAAGCGAUGUGGAACACUUGUUGAAACAAUCUCAGAAAGAAUUGCUUUGGCUUCAGAGACAGUUGUCAUUCAUCUCCAAUGGGGGUUCAGGCUGCCUCCUAUCUCCAGACAAGUUUAGAAAUGAUCUCCAGUGCCUACCAUCUCCCCUGCAACAAAGAACAUACAACCAGAUUCAUUUCAUAGAAGAGAAGUCUCGCUCUUUCAAAUCUGAUGUCACUGGGGUAUCUACAGAGAAGGUGCACUGGAGUUUUCUAGAAGAUGAGUUAAAAGAUGCUGUUCAAGACAAGAGUCGCAUAAGCCUUCAGUAUGACAGCCUGUCCCACAAGGCAUUGCAGUAUGACCAGGUGAAGUUUGACUAUGAGCAGAUCAGAGAAACCCUCACGUUAGUGACCAAAGAACGAGAUUUGGCCGUGAAGGAGAAUUAUCAGCUCCGAGCCAAACUGGAGAACCUAGAGCAGGUCCUAAAGCAUAUGCGAGAGGCUGCUGAUCGGCGGCAACAGCUGGAAUUAGAGCAUGAGCAAGCUUUGGCCGUCCUCAAUGCAAAGCAGCAGGAGAUUGACAUUCUACAAAAGGCCCAGGUCGAAGCCAAGAAGGAACAUGAAGGAGCAGUUCAGAUGCUAGAGACCACUUUGGACAGCAUGCAGGCUAAAGUUCGGGAGUUGGAAGAGAAAUGCCGGACACAGAGUGAGCAGUUUAAUCUCCUUUCCCGGGAAUUGGAAAAGUUCCGUCAGCAAGCUGGCAAGAUUGACUUGUUGAGCAGCAACACAAUUGGUUCUUCUGAUGUUCCUGGCUCACCCAAUAAAACUCUCACCCAGUUAAUGAAUGGAAUAGCCACCUCCCUUGGUAAAGGGCAUGACAGUCCAUCCGGUACAAGAUCGGUGAUUACAGAGUUUAUACGCCCACUUCAGAUAACAGGCGACAAGCCAGAGCAGCUGUGUGUCAAACCCACUUUCCUCUCAAGAUCACGGUCUGGCAGCCCGAGACGCAGAUUUGAGUCCGAUAUGGAUAAUGAACAGAAUACUAAUACCUCAAAGCAAAGAUACUCUGGGAAAGUCCACCUUUGUAUUGCACGGUACAGUUAUAAUCCUUUUGAUGGACCAAAUGAAAAUCCUGAAGCAGAGCUUCCCCUGGUGGCGGGAAAAUACCUCUAUGUCUAUGGAGAUAUGGAUGAGGAUGGCUUUUUCGAAGGAGAACUUUUAGAUGGACAAAGAGGACUGGUUCCAUCGAAUUUUGUGGAUUUUGUGCAAAAUGAUGAAUUUCAUGUGUCCAGUGGCACCUUGACCAGUGAGCAAGAAGAGAAUUUCCUCAACCACGCACCUCUACUUCAAGGAGAACACAAGCUGGAAAUAACCCCACCCAUUCACAUAGAGUCCAGUGUGUUAAACAAUGGCACAGGGACCAUGGACGUUAACAUUGAUGAGAUUGGAGAAGACAUUGUGCCUUAUCCUCGGAAAAUAACCCUAAUCAAACAACUCGCCAAAAGUGUUAUUGUGGGCUGGGAGCCACCAAUAGUGCCACCAGGCUGGGGUACAAUCCACAGCUAUAAUGUGUUGGUGGGAAAAGAAGUCCGUGCAACCCUGAGUUUCGAAAGCAGAACCAAAAGUCUAAUUGAGAAAUUGGACCUUGCCACAGUUACAUAUCGCAUAUCGAUCCAGACUGUUACGAACCGGGGUAACUCUGAUGAGCUACAGUGCACUUUGUUAGUUGGAAAGGAUGUCAUUGUAGCUCCUUCUCAUCUAAAGGUAGACAAUAUCACUCCAAUAUCUGCUGAACUGAGUUGGCUUCCAAGCAACAGCAAUUACAACCAUGUCAUAUUCCUCAAUGAUGACGAAUUUGAUAUUGUGAAAGCUGCAUGUUAUAAGUACCAAUUUUUCAAUUUAAAGCCCAACAUGACCUUCAAGAUUAAGCUUCUUGCAAAACCUCACCAGAUGCCAUGGCAACUACCUUUAGAGCAGCGAGAGAGGAAAGAAGCCUAUGCAGAGUUCUCCACCCAGCCAUCAGGGCCUCCCAUUGCACCUGAAGAAGUUGCUGUACAUCCUGGUCCAACACCGGUAACCCUACUAGUUACAUGGAAACCACCAGUACUGUCCCCAACUGGAACCUCAAAUGGAGCAAGUGUUACUGGAUUUUCUGUGUAUGCAAGAGGGCAGAAGGUGGCAGAAGUGGUAUUUCCUGCCGCAGAGAAUAUUGUUGUGGAUCUGCUGAAAAUUCUCAAUUUGGAUGCCAAGGAAGUUACAGUGAGAACCCUCUCUGCACAAGGAGAAUCAGAUGACUCUUGCACAGCUGUCAUUCCACCUGAUUUACUGGUGCCUCCAACACAACAACACCCAAGGACUAUGCCGAAACGUAAGCCAUUAGUAACUGCUGGAGACCCAGAUACCAAAGAAGAACAUGUAUGCCCACACAGGAGAGUGGAUGAGUCAUGGGAACACACUCAAAAUGUGUCUUCAGUCCAUGGACAUACCUUGGAACCUCCAACAUCUAACUUUCAAAGCCCAGUUCAUGGUCAAAGGUCUCCUUCUCCACAGAGGAUACUUCCCCAGCCUCAAGGUGCCCCUAUUUCUAACACAAUGGCCAAAGCCAUGGCGAGAGAAGCAGCACAAAGGGUUGCAGAAAGCAACAGGAAUGAGAAGAGAAGCCUCUUUAGUGAGCGGAGUAACGCAGUGCAUUAUGCUAACUCGGACGAUGAGGAGGAUGGCUAUGACUCUCCACACAUGAAAAGGAAAGGCGCUUCUGUUGAUGAAUUCCUAAAGGGCUCUGAGCUUGGAAAGCAGCCACAAUACUGUCCAGAGGAUGAAUAUCACACGGAGAGCAGUCGGGGUUCUGAUUUAUCUGACAUCUUGGAGGAGGAUGAGGAGGAGCUAUACUCAGAGAUGCAACUAGAAGAUGGAGGCAGGAGACGCAUCAGUGUCACUUCUCACAAUGCCCUCAAGUCCUCUAAGUCUAGCACCAAAGACCCUGCUUUAAAGGAUCUGCUGGAUUUUUCCCCUCAACAUCAACACAGUAAGACGCUAUUCAGUAUUCCUGAAGUGGCAGAAGAAGAAGGGGGACAACAUUCUGAGUUCUUGCAUAAGAGUGGUUCUGUAGGGAUAGCUUAUCUUAGAAGAACCUUAUCUAGAACUAAUAGAAUGCCAAGGGCUAAUAAUCAAGGUGGUCAACAACAAAGUCCACGGCAUUAUUCCAAAUGUAGAUACAAUGGGACUGUUCCUUUGUGUUCAGAGGAUUCAUUUUGUGAAGGGAGCAAGCUUGGAUAUCUUUCAAGGAGUCCAGACAGUGGCUUGGAUUGUGGAAGUGAAGAAGAGGAAGCCCGGUUUCAUCUGAAGAAAUCACACAACAUAACUGGAAGAAAUACAGCACAUGAGCUGGAUCAAAUGCCUGAAUGCUCUAGAGACCCCAAGCAAAUGCUGACACGAAGGAAAACUCUAACCAGACAAACCAGUGUGGAGGAGGAUUUUGGGGAUGAGAGCUCAGGCUUUCUAGAAAACAGGAACUGUUCCAAACUCAAGAAUGAGAAGAAUGAAGAGAAAUUAUCUUUUGAAAAUUUAAAUAGCAGAGACUGCUUUGGCCAGAAAACAGAAUUUCAGCAGACAGACUGUAGGGAACCAAUUCUGGGGCCAACUCACAGAGAUGCAGAGAAUUCUUUGCUUCUAGGUAAUCAUGCCACGUUGGCUCGGACGAACAGAGCGGAUCACACACCACGCAGGUUCCCCCACAGCAAUGCAGUGCCACAAAGACCAAGACCAAUGAUGGUCCCGUCUAUUGAAAUUACAAUGGACAGUAACAGUGAAGGUGGUCGUUCUCGGUCAGGUAGUGAGGGAAAUAUUUCACCUGUUAAAGAAGAAGCUUAUUAUUCCAGCAUUGGAGGACACAGGAAGUGGUCUCAUCAGCGUACCAGGGCCUCUGACGAUAGAUACGAUAGUUAUGGCAGCCGGGAGCAGCUUUCGCCUGAAACUUAUGAUGAGUCUGAGACCGAUGGUGGGAUGGAGGAUUUUCCAGUUCGAAUAUUCGUUGCUCUCUUUGAUUAUGAUCCAAGAACAAUGUCCCCAAAUCCUGAUGCUGCUGAAGAAGAACUUCCUUUUAAGGAAGGACAGAUAAUUAAGGUAUACGGAGACAAAGAUUCUGAUGGUUUUUACCACGGGGAGACCUGUGGGAGAUCUGGUUUUAUCCCCUGUAAUAUGGUGUCAGAAAUUCAGGCAGACGAUGAAGAGAUGAUGGAUCAGCUUCUCAAACAAGGAUUUCUUCCAUUGAAUACGCCAGUUGAAAAAAUUGUCAACUGUGAACGUUUCAAAGAGAGCUCUCGCUCUGUACACCGCAGAUCCAGAAAGUCUAAACGAGAACGAAACAGAAGGAGUGGGAGGCAACAUUCUGUAUCUACAAGGAGAAUGGUUGCUUUGUAUGAUUAUGAUCCAAGAGAAAGCUCUCCCAACGUUGAUGUAGAGGCUGAGCUGACAUUUUGUACAGGCGAUAUAAUUACUGUUUUUGGUGAAAUUGAUGAAGAUGGAUUUUACUAUGGUGAAUUAAAUGGACAUAGAGGCCUUGUCCCUUCAAAUUUUCUGGAAGAAGUGCCUGAUGAUGUUGAAGUUUAUAUAUCUGAUGCACCCUCUCGAUAUCCUCAAGAGACCCCAAUUAGGACAAAGGUGAAAAGGGUCCCAUCUGAGAAUCCAAGUACACCCAGGAGAGCACCAUCACCAACGGUCCACCUUCAUUCUAUGUUACCAACAUCCCCAAUGAGUUCUGGAAGCCCCAUGAGAGGCAGGGAACGGCCUUCAAAAAAGAAAAAAGGUCUUCUAUCCAAAGGAAGGAAGUUGUUGAAAAAGCUUGGGGCAGUAAAAUAAGUUCCUUCAGAUGAAGCUGCUACUAAGCAACUGUUGAAUUGUUGCAAGAAGAAAAAUAAAAUAAAAAUACUAGAUGGCUACUAAUCACACACCAGAGUUAGCUUUACAUGCGGUAAAUACACGUCUCUGAUUUUAUAAAAAUAAAUCUCUGGCCUGGUCUUGAACGUUCUAGUUUAUACAGCCUUGGUGUUUUGCCUUACUGAUGCACAAUGAUUUGUAAUGUCCCAUAAAUGUACAGGAUAUAUUAUUUGUAUGUUGUGUGCAUCCAGUCUUACUCUACCUGUAAUAUUGUGAAUUAAACAAAAAUAAAAAAUAAAUUGACCACUCCGUCCCAUUUUUAGCCAAUUGUUAGUGCAGAAAUGGUGGUGGCAUUUUAUUUUUGUCUUAGAUUUAACAAGCUCUACGGCUACAAUGUGUGGCAUGAGGAUUGCAUACAAUUUAAUUUUUACAAAAUUUUGGUUUUCCCUUUCCCAGAGGCUUGCUGACCAAUUAUAGUUGUGUCCUGACUAGGGCUCCAAAGACUUUUAAUUGGAAAAGAUAAGCGCCCACAGGAAAAACUGAUAUCCUCUUGUCCUCAAUAAAAUCCUAGCAGUAGAUUUAAAACAAAAAUAUAAUUUAACACUCCACGUACCAACUUUGGCGGUAAGUAACAUCUAGGUAUGCCAACUUUCUCCAUCAAUGUGAUUUAUAAAUACUCACUGUCUCAUAAAGCCAGUCAGCAGCUUUACCACCACAAAAAGUAGCAAUGCUGCCCAAAUUAUUGGCCCUAUGCAGCAGUAGUUGACAUCGUAACACAAAAUGAAAAGGUUAAAAAUGUACCCACGCAUUUUAAAAUUGGCAUCCUAAAGUCAAUUGUUGCUACUAAAAUCCAGUUACAAUUUUGUAAUUCCAGUCCAUUUGUAAGUUGUUUUUACUCUUUAUACAUAAUUUUCAGACUGCCUUUUUUCUAAAAUGAAGGUUUACAAUUAAACAAUUUAACAAUCCCCUCAUUGUGUCUUUAAAAUGUAAAUCUGUAAAAUACUGUUGUGCUAGAGUUAUGAAACUGACAUUACUGGACUAAAUGUGAUUUAAAGUAUUGUGUGGGUGU